GCAAUUCAGUGACACAGGUGGAAAGAAAUCUACAAUGUUCUGAAAUUACAAGAUAUUUAUAUCAGAACAAUACUUACAAUACCAACGCUUUAAAAAAAUGGAGCUUUCUUUGCAGACCAUCAAUACUGUUGCUUCAUCAUCUUCAUCUACUUUAAGGAAUUUGAAGUUUAACGACUGCAUCUCGCUCCAUAGAAGUUCUUGCGUAACGUUUCCCUCAAAACCAAAAGAAACCCAAGUAGUGUAUGGAUUACCCGAAACCGCGGCUUCUGUGGCAGUUGCCGCCACUGUUGUGGGUGCAGCCGCCACCCUUCUAGCUAGGAGAACCAAGGCUGAAGAGGCAGCCCAGGCGGUUCCAACAAGAACGUGUGAUGAUUGUGGCGGUUCAGGGAUAUGUCCUGAAUGCAAAGGUGAAGGAUUUGUGCUAAAAAGAUUGUCAGAUGGAAGUGCUGAAAAAGCCAGAUUGAAUGCCAAGAAUAUGGCUACUAGAUACACAGCUGGGUUGCCGAAGAAAUGGAGCUACUGCACGAAAUGUUUGUCGGCUAGAUCUUGUAAAUCCUGUGAUGGGAGUGGAAAGUUAGCUAUUAAUUAGUUCCAAGAAACCUGGAGAUACUCCUGCUGCAAUUUUUUUGACAUCUUUGUUUGUAAAGUAAAGAUUGUACUUUUCUUGUAAUGCCAUACAUACUGGGAAUUUGGUUGAAAGAUCAUAUUGGUAGAGGAUUUAUAUCAUCUUCAUCAUUGAAUUCUCAUAA